GACUUACGCUCCCCCUGUUUCCUGUCCUCCUGAGAUACAGCAGGUGGUUGACAAGUAUGCUGAUCUGAUGCAGGAGCCCUCUGGGUUACCCAACCGGCCAACCAAGCAUCACAUCGAGCUGUUGCCUGGAGCGGUCCCUCCCAAGGGCCGCAUCUACAAGAUGUCCCCUGCUGAGCUUGAGAAGCUCAGAAAGCAGCUUGAGACCCUGACCAGCAAGGGCUGGAUCAGACCCAACACUUCUGAAUUCGGUGCACCUGUUCUCUUUGUGCCCAAAGGGAACGGCGAGUUCAGAAUGUGCAUUGACUACAGGGGUCUCAACAAGAUCACUAGGAAGAGUAUUGAGCCACUUCCUAGGAUCGAUGACCUCCUGGACAUGGUGCAGGGCUGUACAGUGUUCAGCAAAGUCGACCUCAAAUCUGGCUACCACCAGAUUGAGAUGGCUAAGGAGGAUGUCUACAAGACAACCUUCAAGACCAGGUAUGGAACUUAUGAGUUCCUGGUCAUGCCAUUUGGACUUUGCAAUGCCCCAGGCACCUUCCAGACAGAGAUGCACCGCAUCUUCAGGCCUUACCUAGACAAGUUUAUGGUUGUCUACUUGGAUGAUAUCCUGGUAUUCAGCAAAACUGUCAGGGAACAUGCGGAGCAUUUGGCUCUUGUCCUUCAGUCGUUAUGUGACAGCCAGUACAAGAUCAACAGAGAAAAAUCCUCUUUUGGAAUUCCCUCUGUUAUCUAUCUGGGUCAUGUAAUCUCUGGAGAUGGUCUGGCUCCUGAAGCAGCCAAGAUUGCUGCUAUCCAGGAGUGGCCUCAGCCACAGACAGUGAGGGAUGUCAGGUCCUUCAUGGGUCUAGCCUCGUAUUACAGAAAGUUCGUCAGGAACUUUUCUGCAGUGGCUGCACCCCUGACCAACCUAACAAAGAAAGAUACUCCCUUUCUUUGGUCCUUUCCCUGUCAGCUGGCCUUCAUACGACUCAAGAAGGCCUUGACUCGUGCGCCCGUGCUGAAGUUACCUGACCCCACUUUGCCAUUCAUACUGACCACUGACGCCAGCAAGUAUGGCAUUGGGGCAGUUCUUCAGCAGGAUGAUGGGAAUGGUCUACGGCCUGUAGAGUUUAUGAGUAAGAAGAUCAAGACUCAAAAGCUCCAGGACUCUACCUGCGAAAAAGAGCUAUAUGCUCUUGUCUGUGCCCCUGAAACAUUGGAAGCACUUUCUCUUGGGAAGGCACUUCAAGAUCUUUUCAGAUCACUCCACCCUGCAGUGGAUGAAGUCCCAAGGAGAGUUGAAUGACAAACUGGCACGGUACAUUCAGUUCAUAGA